CCGCUGACGCAGAGCUAAGAUGGCUAAGAGAGUGGCUGAGUAGACUGAUACUCAGACAACCACUGACAUUUCGUUGUUACCUUUUUGGCCAAACACAUUUGGUUAACACAUUUACACAAAACUGGGCUCUGUGUCUCACCUUUGGAAAGAGCGGAUGUCAGCCAGGCAAGAGCAUGGCUCAGAGACAUGGCUCAGACGUUUGUUACCUGCCCAAGCGAACGGUUCGCCGCGAUCGCUUGGCUUCGUUGAUAUUUGUUGGCGGUCAGUCUUGUCGGUUCUGUCCUAGGGAAUCGUCUCAAUUUAAAAGUGUUGCGAAUAUCUGUGUUUUUGUUAUUGUGCGUGAUUGCUGAAACCAAAUCAAAACAAAUUGAGCCCUCUCGACACAGACAACCUGUUUUUGGUCAUUAUAACAACCAACUUGCAAAAGGCCCAACAAUAGAAGCAAAACCGGAAUAAAAAUAAAGCAAUAAAAACCUAAAGUAAGGCAAAAACGUGAAAAAAAACUAAAAAGUGUGAAAAAAAAGAAAAGACCCAAUAUGAGACGUCGCAAAGUGCUCAUCUGCUGGGCUGCUCUGCAGGCGGGCAGCUCCAUUCUCACCUCCCUGCUUCUACUACUGACCACUGGCCAAAAUUCACAGCAGGUGGCAGCUGGCAUUGUGCCACCUCCAUGGAGUGAUCCCGCUAAAAAUCCAUGCGCCACCAUGUCAGGUGGCUGGCAACUUUUAUACUGGGCCCCUCUGAAGAAGUGCUUUAAGAUCUUUACCCUUGGCUAUCCAUGUCCAGAAACUAUGGAACUUAGUCCCACAGCUGUGAGCGCCAAACGGAAAGAUCUUCCAGCAGCUGAGUGCCGUUGUCCACCAGGAACUGCACUUAGUCCGCUGACCAAUAAUGUCUGCUAUAAGCUAUACGAACGGGGACCCUGCCAAGCCGAGGAGUACUUUCAACCCAUGCCGGAUCAGAUCAAGAGAUCUGGCAACCGUUGGGGAACCUGCAAGAGGCCACUACAUUGUCCGGAGGACAUGAUCUUCUGGCCGAAGGACAACAAGUGCUAUGCGAAGCACGCCAAGGGUCCUUGCAGUCGUGGCAAACUCUUAGUUCGCAAUGAGGACGGUUUGGCCGAGUGCCGUUGCGAGGAUGAGGGUGAAUUGUCUUCGUUUUAUUAUCCGGCAGAGGAGUCCUGCUAUGAACACUAUACCAAAGGACCCUGCUCGACGCCGGGUCACAUCUUCUUGCCCGGCGGUCGAUGCGACUGCCAGCGGCACUUGCCGCACUAUCAUGCUCCGCACCAAAUGUGCUACGAGCUGGAUACUCCCGGUCCCUGUCCACCGGGACACAUCUUUCGCAUACCCGACGAUGUCCAGGAGACAACUGACAGCACUCUUCAGCUUUUGCCUCGAGCACAGUGCCAGUGCAAAGAGGGCUAUGUACCCUGGAGCGAUGGCCUCUGCUAUAGGCUUUACACCAGGGGUCCUUGUGGCUCCAACGAAUUCCUGGUCAACGGGACCAGUUGUGUGCGCAACUUCUGCGGCAAGAAUCGUCUGUACUUCCCAGCGGAGGAUUCCUGCUACAGGAUUGGAUCUCAAGGCCCCUGUGCCCUGCAUCAAGUGGUGAUCUUUGACUUCACCGCCAGGCCAUCCAUCGAUGGCAUCUCCUACAAUGGAAUGUGUGGUUGUUCCGGUGUCCUCACCAACCUGGAUCAACAGUGCUCCGGAGAGGGAACGGAUAAGGAGCAGAAUAUAUGUGAAUCCACACCCGGAAUGGUGGAGAUCAAUGGGCAGUGCCACAAAUUGUAUAGCCGAGGACCUUGUGGUGCGGGUCAAUGGUUGGAACCACUGAAAUCGCAAACUACAAAUGGCACCACAAUUUUGGCUCAUGCCAGCAGGGCGAAGUGUGUAUGCCGACCGGGUUAUACGCCCUCGGAGACGGCGGAUCAACGCGGCAUGAGCAACUGCAGCGCUCCGAGUGUCAGUCUGGCGAGGUAUUUAACCAACGAGCGAAUCAACUCAAAGUUCCUCAAUGAUCUGCACUUUGGUGGGGCCACCUAAAAUCCCCCAAAUCUUCAAGCUAUUCUCUGUCUGGUUGUGAAGACUCCUAUUCCUCUUCCGCAUGCCUAAUCACCUACCUAACUUUAUAUAUUCUCACCUAUUUCUUUGUGUUUUUGUGUUGCAUGCUGAGUGUUAUUCGAUCGAUACGAUCACUUGUUAUUCAAUUAACCAUUUUGUUCUCUUUUAGGUGGUUUUUAGAAAUAUUCGGUUAACGUGUUCUAUAGGAAGAGAUUGUGCCAUGAAUGUAUUACAUCGACUUAUGUACGAGUUGUAUUUAAGAGAACUCCCGAUAAGGCAAAUAAAACAUUGUGAAAAAUGAAA